GGGAUUUUGUAAGCUUGGCGCGUGCUGCGCCUGAUGGAAACACCAGAAAAGCUUCACCGCUACUUGUCCAAGUGUGCUGCAGACGAGGGUCUGGCAGUUGGAGAGGUUUUGAACUCUCCACUCACAAGCCCGCGAGAGCAAGCAGAAAGUAGUUCCGGUGGCACAUCCUCGGUCACCUUUGACCAGCUGGUGGCAGAUGCUCAAUCCCGGAUCGGAGUGUGGCUUUCGGCCGCAGACACCGAGCGUGAGCUUCCAGCUCCCAGGCCAUCACCAGAAGCUGUGGACAGCAGGACGUGCGCCGUUCGGCGAUUUCAUGAGCAGAAGCUGGUACGCAAAGACCAGCUUUCUGCCGCCUACGAGCUACCUGUGGAGGGGAGCUUUGAGCACCCCAGUUCUCUGAAUGGUGAAUUGCAGGACUUGGCAGCCAAAGAAGCUAUAGACUUGGCCAAGCCAGCCGAAGUAGCUGCUGCCAGAUCUGCACAGCCUCAAGUCAUGACAAGUGAAGAGUUUGCAAGGAGCGUUGCCGAAGUAGUGCAGAUGUUCGAGAGCGGGGGCAAGCCUUUGGUGAAGAAGGCGGACAAGGCAGAAGGGGCAAUCGCACGCCAGGCUGCAUGCGAGCAAGCUGCAGAGCUGCAAGCGGAGGAGCAAAUUCAAGCUGCAGAAAAGGCAGCUGACGAGACGCCCAGAAACGCAAGUUUGGUCAAAGAGCAGGACCACGAGCAGGAUCACGAGGCAGAGGGGGAAAGAGGGGCAGAAAAGCACGAAGCAGAGCCGACGCCUGCCAAGGCGCAACAAGCUGAGGAGCCGAAGGCUGAAGAAAAGGCCGAAGAGCUCAAGGCAGAAGCCUCGGAGCCCAUGGCCGGAAAGGAGAAGGCAGAGCCCCAAGCAGCGCAGGCUGAGGCAGAGCCGAAGACCGCUGAAGAGCCCAAGGCAGAAGUGGAAAUGCAGACUGCAGAGGAGCCAAAGCAGGAAGAGCUCAGCACUGCUGAACAGCCUAAAGCAGAGGAAGAGUUGAAGGUGGCACAAGUACCCAAGGCCGAGGUGGAGCUGCACACUGCAGAGGAGCCAAAGCAGGAAGAGCUCAGCACUGCUGAACAGCCCAAAGCAGAGGAAGAGCCGAAGGUGGCAGAAGUACCCAAGGCCAAGGCAGAGCUGCAGACUGCUGCGGAACCAAAGCAGGAAGAGAUCAGCACUGCUGAACAGCCCAAAGCAGAGGAAGAGCCGAAGGUGGCAGAAGUUCCCGAGGCCGAGGCAGAGCUGCAGACUGCUGCGAAACCAAAGCAGGAAGAGCUCAGCACUGCUGAACAGCCCAAAGCAGAGGAAGAGCCGAAGGUGGCAGAAGUGCCCAAGGCCGAGGCGGAGCUGCAGACUGCCGCGGAACCAAAGCAGGAAGAGAUCAGCACUGCUGAACAGCCCAAAGCAGAGGAAGAGCCGAAGGUGGCAGAAGUUCCCAAGGCCGAGGCAGAGCUGCAGACUGCUGCGAAACCAAAGCAGGAAGAGCUCAGCACUGCUGAACAGCCCAAAGCAGAGGAAGAGCCGAAGGUGGCAGAAGUGCCCAAGGCCGAGGUGGAGUUGCAGACUGCUGUGCAGACUGCUGCGGAACCAAAGCAGGAAGAGCUCAGCACUGCUGAACAGCCCAAAGCAGAGGAAGAGCCGAAGGUAGCAGAAAUGCCCAAGGCCGAGGUGGAGUUGCAGACUGCUGUGCAGACUGCUGCGGAACCACAGCAGGAAGAGCUGCCGAAGGUGGCAGAAGUGCCCAAGGCCGAGGCGGAGCUGCAGACUGCCGCGGAACCAAAGCAGGAAGAGAUCAGCACUGCUGAACAGCCCAAAGCAGAGGAAGAGCCGAAGGUGGCAGAAGUACCCAUGGCCGAGGCGGAGCUGCAGACUGCUGCGGAACCAAAGCAGGAAGAGAUCAGCACUGCUGAACAGCCCAAAGCAGAGGAAGAGCCGAAGGUGGCAGAAGUUCCCAAGGCCGAGGCAGAGCUGCAGACUGCUGCGAAACCAAAGCAGGAAGAGCUCAGCACUGCUGAGCAGCCCAAAGCAGAGGAAGAGGCGAAGGUGGCAGAAGUUCCCAAGGCAGAGCUGCACACUGCUGCGGAACCAAAGCAGGAAGAGCUCAGAACUGCUGAACAGCCCAAAGCAGAGGAAGAGCCGAAGGUGGCAGAAGUGCCCAAGGCCGAGGCGGAUCUACAAACUGCCGCGGAACCAAAGCAGGAAGAGCUCAGCACUGCUGAGCAGCCCAAAGCAGAGGAAGUGCCGAAGGUGGCAGAAGUUCCCGAGGCCGAGGCAGAGCUGCAGACUGCUGCGGAACCAAAGCAGGAAGAGAUCAGAACUGCUGAACAGCCCAAAGCAGCGGAAGAGCCGAAGGUGGCAGAAGUUCCCAAGGCCGAGGAGGAGCUGCAGACUGCUGCGGAACCAAAGCAGGAAGAGCUCAGCACUGCUGAACAGCCCAAAGCAGAGGAAGAGCCGAAGGUGGCAGAGGAAGAGCCGAAGGUAGUAGAAGCGCCCAAGGCCGAGGCAGAGACUGCUGCGGAACCAAAGCAGGAAGAGCUCAGCACCUCUCAACAGCUCAAAGCAGAGGAAGAGCCGAAGGUAGCAGAAAUGCCCAAGGCCGAGCUCAGCACUGCCGAACGGCCCAAAGCAGAGGAAGAGCUGAAGGUGGCAGAAAUACCCAAGGCCGAGGCGGAGCUGCAGACUGCUGUGCAGACUGCUGCGGAACCAAAGCAGGACGAGAUCAGCACUGCUGAACAGCCCAAAGCAGAGGAAGAGCUGAAGGUGGCAGAAGUUCCCAAGGCCGAGGCAGAGCUGCAGACUGCUGCGAAAGUAAAGCAGGAAGAGCUCAGCACUGCUGAACAGCCCAAAGCAGAGGAAGAGCCGAAGGUGGCAGAAGUGCCCAAGGCCGAGGUGGAGUUGCAGACUGCUGUGCAGACUGCUGCGGAACCAAAGCAGGACGAGAUCAGCACUGCUGAACAGCCCAAAGCAGAGGAAGCGCCGAAGGUGGCAGAAGUGCCCAAGGCCGAGGCGGAGCUGCAGACUGCUGCGGAACCAAAGCAGGAAGAGCUCAGCACUGCCGAACGGCCCAAAGCAGAGGAAGAGCCGAAGGUGGCAGAAGUUCCCAGUGCCGAGGCGGAGCUGCAGACUGCUGCGGAACCAAAGCAGGAAGAGAUCAGAACUGCUGAACAGCCCAAAGCAGAGGAAGAGCCGAAGGUGGCAGAAGUGCCCAAGGCCGAGGCAGAGCUGCAGACUGCUGCGGAACCAAAGCCGGAAGAGCUCAGCACUGCUGAACAGCCCAAGGCAGAGGAAGAGCCGAAGGUGGCAGAAGUUCCCAAGGCUGAGACAGAGCUGCAGACUGCUGCAGAACCAAAGCAGGAAGAGCUCAGCACUGCUGAACAGCCCAAAGCAGAGGAAGAGCCGAAGGUAGCAGAAAUGCCCAAGGCCGAGGUCGAGUUGCAGACUGCUGUGCAGACUGCUGCGGAACUACAGCAGGAAGAGCUCAGCACUGCUGAGCAGCCCAAAGCAGAGGAAGAGCCGAAGGUGGCAGAAGUGCCCAAGGCCGAGGCGGAGCUGCAGACUUCUGCGGAACCAAAGCAGGAAGAGCUCAGCACUGCUGAACAGCCCAAAGCAGAGGAAGAACCGAAGGUGGCAGAAGUACCCAUGGCCGAGGCGGAGCUGCAGACUGCCGCGGAACCAAAGCAGGAAGAGCUCAGCACUGCUGAGCAGCCCAAAGCAGAGGAAGUGCCGAAGGUGGCAGAAGUUCCCGAGGCCGAGGCAGAGCUGCAGACUGCUGCGGAACCAAAGCAGGAAGAGAUGAGAACUGCUGAACAGCCCAAAGCAGCGGAAGAGCCGAAGGUGGCAGAAGUUCGCAAGGCCGAGGAGGAGCUGCAGACUGCUGCGGAACCAAAUCAGGAAGAGCUCAGCACUGCUGAACAGCCCAAAGCAGAGGAAGAGCCGAAGGUGGCAGAAGUACCCAAGGCCGAGGCGGAGCUGCAGACUGCUGCGGAAUCAAAGCAGGAAGAGAUCAGCACCUCUCAACAGCUCAAAGCAGAGGAAGAGCCGAAGGUAGCAGAAAUGCCCAAGGCCGAGCUCAGCACUGCCGAACGGCCCAAAGCAGAGGAAGAGCCGAAGCUGGCCGAAGUACCCAAGGCCGAGGCGGAGCUGCAGACUGCUGCGGAACCAAAGCAGGAAGAGAUCAGAACUGCUGAACAGCCCAAAGCAGAGGAAGCGCCGAUGGUGGCAGAAGUGCCCAAGGCCGAGGCCGAGCUGCAGACUGCUGCGGAACCAAAGCAGGAAGAGAUCAGCACUGCUGAGCAGGCCAAAGCAGAGGAAGAGCCGAAGGUGGCAGAAGUUUCCAAGGCCGAGGCGGAGCUGCAGACUGCUGCGGAACCAAAGCAGGAAGAGAUCAGCACUGCUGCACAGCCCAAAGCAGAGGAAGAGCCGAAGGUGGCAGAAGUGCCCAAGGCCGAGGCGGAGCUGCAGACUGCCGCGGAACCAAAGCAGGAAGAGAUCAGCACCGCUGAACAGCCCAAAGCAGAGGAAGAGCCGAAGGUGGCAGAAGUUCCCAAGGCCGAGGCGGAGCUGCAGACUGCUGCGCAACCAAAGCAGGAAGAGCUCAGCACUGCUGAGCAGCCCAAAGCAGAGGAAGCGCCGAAGGUGGCAGAAGUGCCCAAGGCCGAGGCCGAGCUGCAGACUGCUGCGGAACCAAAGCCGGAAGAGCUCAGCACCGCUGAACAGCCCAAAGCAGAGGAAGAGCCGAAGGUGGCAGAAGUUCCCAGGGUCGAGGCGGAGCUGCAGACUGCUGCGGAACCAAAGCAGGAAGACAUCAGCACUGCUGAGCAGCGCAAAGCAGAGGAAGCGCCGAAGGUAGCAGAAGUGCCCAAGGCCGAGGCGGAGCUGCAGACUGCUGCGCAACCAAAGCAGGAAGAGCUCAGCACUUUCGAACGGCCCAAAGCAGAGGAAGAGCCGAAGGUGGCAGAAGUUCCCAAGGUCGAGGCGGAGCUGCAGACUGCUGCGGAACCAAAGCAGGAAGAGCUCAGCACUGCUGAGCAGCCCAAAGCAGAGGAAGAGCCGAAGGUAGCAGCUGAACAGCCCAAAGCAGAGCAAGAGCCGAAGGUGGCAGAAGUGCCCAAGGCCGAGGCGGAGCUACAAACUUCCGCGGAACCAAAGCAGGUUGAGCUCAGCACUGCUGAGCAGCCCAAAGCAGAGGAAGAGCCGAAGGUGGCAGAAGUGCCCAAGGCCGAGCCGGAGCUGCAGACUGCUGCAGAACCAAAGCAGGAAGAGCUCAGAACUGCUGAACAGCCCAAAGCAGAGGAAGAGCCGAAGGUGGCAGAAGUUCCCGAGGCCGAGGCAGAGCUGCAGACUGCUGCGAAACCAAAGCAGGAAGAGCUCAGCACUGCUGAUCAGCCCAAAGCAGAGGAAGAGCCGAAGGUGGCAGAAGUUCCCAAGGCCGAGGCGGAGCUGCAGACUGCUGCGGAACCAAAGCAGGAAGAGCUCAGAACUGCUGAACAGCCCAAAGCAGAGGAAGAGCCGAAGGUGGCAGAAAUGCCCAAGGCCGAGGCGGAGCUGCAGACUGCUGCGGAUCCAAAGCAGGAAGAGCUCAGCACUGCUGAGCAGCCCAAAGCAGAUGCUGCGGAACCAAAGCAGGAAGAGCUCAGCACUGCUGAGCAGCGCAAAGCAGAGGAAGAGCCGAAGGUGGCAGAAGUUUCCAAGGCCGAGGCGGAGCUGCAGACUGCUGCGGGACCAAAGCAGGAAGAGCUCAGCACUGCUGAGCAGCCCAAAGACGAGGAAGAGCUCAAGGUGGCAGAAGUGCCCCAGGCCGAAGUGGAGCUGCCGAAGGUUGCAGAAGUUUCCAAGGCCGAGGCGGAGCUGCCGACUGCUGCGGAGCCAAAGCAAGAAGAGUUGAACACCGCUGAAGAGCCCAAGGCAGAGGAAGAGCCAAAGGAGGCAGAAGUGCCCAAGGCCGAGGCGUCUGCUGAGGAGCCAAAGCAGGAAGAGCUGAGCUCUGCCGAAGAACCUAAGUCAGAGCCAAAGGAAGAACCAAAGGCAACGGAAGAGCCAAAGGUGGAGCUGCCGACUGCUGCGGAACCAAAGCAUGAAGAGCGGAGGACUGCUGUAGAGCCGACAGCAGAGGAGGAGCCGAAGGUUGCAGCAGUGCCGAAGGCCGAGGUGGAGCUGCAGCUUGCACAGGAGCCAAAACAGGAAGAGCUGAGGACCCCUGAAGAGCCCGAGCCAGAGGAAGAGUCAAAGGUGGCAGGAUUGCCCAAGUUCGAGGUAGGGCUGCAGCCAAAAGCAGAGAAAGAGCUGAAGGCGGCAGAAGUUCCCAAGGCCGAGGCGGAGCUGCAGACUGCUGCGGAACCAAAGCAGGAAGAGCUCAGCACUGCCGAACGUCCCAAAGCAGAGGAAGAGCCGAAGGUGUCAGAAGUUCCCAAGGCCGAGGCGGAGCUGCAGACUGCUCAGGAGCCAAAGCAGGAAGGGCUCACCGCUGGGCAGGCCAAGGCAGAGGACGAGUCGUCCGUGGCGGAAGUGUCCAAGGCUGAGGCAGACCUGCACAGGGCAGAAGCCAAGGCAGAGGAAGAGCCGAAGGUGGCAGAAGUGCCCAAAGCUGAGGUGGAGCUGCCGUUUGCUGAGCAGCCAAAGCAGGAAGAGCCGAGCACCGCUGAAGAGCCCAGGGCAGAGGAAGAGCCGAAGGUGGCAGAAGUUCCCAAGGCUGAGGCGGAGCUACAGACUGCUGAGGAAGAGCUGGCCAGGGCAGAACCCAAGGUAGAGGAAGAAGCGAAACCCAGGGCCGAGGCGGAGCUGCCGACUGCUGAGCAGCCAAAGCAGGAAGAGCCGAGCACUGCCGAAGAGCCCAAGGCAGAGGACGAGCCGAAGGCAGAAGUUCCCAAGGCUGAGGCGGAGCUACAGGCUGCUGAGGAAGAGCUGACCAGGGCAGAGCCCAAGGUAGAGGAAGAGCCGAAAACCAGGGCCGAGGCGGAGCUGCCGACUGCUGAGCAGCCAAAGCAGGAAGAGCCGAGCACCGCUGAAGAUCCCAAGGCAGAGGAAGAGCCGAAGGUGGCAGAAGUUCCCAAGGCUGAGGCGGAGCUACAGGCUGCUGAGGAAGAGCUGACCAGGGCAGAACCCAAGGUAGAGGAAGAACCGAAACCCAGGGCCGAGGCGGAGCUGCCGACUGCUGAGCAGCCAAAGCAGGAAGAGCCGAGCACUGCUGAAGAGCCCAAGGCAGAGUACGAGCCGAAGGUUGCAGUAGGUGGCCGAAGGCUAGCGGGGAGGAAUCCAGAAGCAGAGGCGAUGGCUGAGCCAAGUGAUCCUGUCAGAGUAGCAGCAGCAGAGGCUGAGAGAGCGCACGAGGAUGUGCAGGCAAAAGCAGCCGAGCUCGCCAAAGCAGAUGAGCGCCUGCAGAGAGCCAGAGAGGCUGUCCUGGCGCAUGUGAGGAGGGCUGAGCGCGAAAGACUUGCAAAGCAAGCCUCUUCAGAGAGAGUUGAACCCCCGCAAGAGGUUGCAGAAGGUGGCCUGCAAGGAUCGUGUGAGGCGACCACAACGACACGUGGCCAGGUGAUUGAGAAAGCUGCCGAGAAGCGUGAAGCUGUGCUGAGCCAGAGGCCAGAAGCAGAAUCUGCAGGUGAAAAUGCCAGGCGAAUGAGGGCUGAAGUGAAGCAGCCUCGCCAUACCAUUGAAGCAGUUGAUCAUUCGAUAGAGCUGCCCCGAUGUCGGGCGAAGCCAAAGCAGCCUGAAUAUGCUCAGUUGGAAUUGAGCACAUUGGAGCAGCGGCCAAGCUCAGUUUCUUUGACUGUUGGCGGGCCUGCAGUUCCUCCAGCAACACAAGCGAGGUUGCAGGAACUCCAGGAUGCGAGCUCAAGAUCCUCCACACAUGCAGGACAUGCGCCUGAAUCAUGGGAGGAUGCGAACCCAACUCCACAGGCUUGCCAGGGAGGUCCUAGGAGCUCGCUGCCAGGCCCUUUUGCGGCUUAUGAUACUAGACGUGCACCCUCUCCAGGUCCUCCAGGGCCACCCAGCAGAGCAGUCAUUGCCGCAGUUGCCACAGUUGCCAAAGUCAAAGCAAGGCAGCGGCAAGACCUCCCGACUGCGAGCCCCUCACCCAUUGCUUGGGGUGCUCCACAUACACCCGGCACUGCAAGCCGGAUGCAGAGCACACCAAUGCUGCACGGUGGUCGAGUUCCAGACGAACCGUUUGCGCGGGGAGCCCACAUCAGGCAUUCCUCCUCGGACUACGCGAUGCCGCGGAUGGACAGUUGGGGGGAGAGACACGGCAGCCCCAUGGUGCUGCACAGCAGCCGUUCGGUUGGGACCGCCUUCAUGGACAGAACUUGCCGUGCAAGCUCAAGAGUCUUGUCAACAAGCCCUUCAUGCCGCUCGUUCACCGGGACCAUUUCCUGGCAGAACUGCCAGCGGAUUGGAGUUUUCACCCUCCAGGUCUGCACGUUCCUUCGAUGGCGCGCAGUCGGCGCCUUCGCAGUGGCACCUAUGCCAGACGCUUCCUGCGCCGCAGCCAUGGAUGCGAACGAUGGCAGCUUCCCCUCUUCAAACACCAAGGGUGCAAAGUCCAGGCCCGUGCAUGCAGCGAAGCCCAGUGCGCUUCAGGAGCCCACAAGGGUCACCGUGCCGCGUUCCAGACCACCGCGUUGUCGACGUUUGGCUGCAUGAGCCCAUGUUGGAACGAAGGAGCUUUGCAGGACCAACGGCGGCUUCAAACGUUGCUGCGUGGGGAGGGCCAACGCCAGUGCCAACUGCAAUUCCGGCAAGAGCACCAUCCCCAUCCCACUUCAUCCUGCAAGCCGUGGCAGCGUCGGCGCCACCACAACGACACAGUCCUUCACUUGUUCAAACCCCGCAACAAGUGCAACGGCCUGCACAGGAGCUGCCGAACCAGCGGCAGCCGCAGCUGCAAAGGCAGGAGCCUGUUCGGACUAGACGAGCCGAGCAGUUGAAGAGCCAACUCUUGGCGUAGCCAACUUGUGCUUUGACCCUGGUAUGGGAAUGACUUGUGCAUCGCCGGCCUUUCUUCCCGCGGGGAUCGAUCCCAUGCCAGGGCUCAGGUUUCACGGCGUUUCACGGGGCUGUGCCUCGAAUUCGCAACCUUUUUGACGCUUGCCCUUGCGUAAUCUUGAAGGCAGCGAGGCUGUCUUGGCAAGGGGGGAGCUGGAUUCAUUCGGCGCGCCAUUUUCAAAAACUUGUCCCAGAUAUCG